CCUUUCCGGCCGUCUCCUCGAUGGCGCGGGACUGGCGGCCGCUGGCCCGCUCGCCGCGGCACCGGGAACGGCGCAAAGCGGCCGGAAACCCGCGCAGGGCCGUGAGGGUUAAAGGGGCGGGGUCCCGGGGCGCGCCGCACGUUAAGAUGGCGGCUCCCGGCUCGGCGGCGCCGAUCCCCGGAUGAGGCGGCGCGCUGCGAUUGGUCGGCAGGAGUGACCACGCCCCUUUCUUUGUACGGUGUCAUGGCGGCGCCCGCUCGGCCGGGCCGGCGCGGGGCGGCACUUCCGGUCCUGCGCAGUGCGCGGCCGCGGCCGCUCGGUGGCGGCGGCGCCGGAGGAGCCGCGCGGGCCCGGCCUCCCCGCUGACCGUGCCCCUCCCCCCCAUUUCGGGGGUCCCGACCAUGGCCGCUCCCCCCCAGCCAAUCAUCGUCCUGGACGACGACGAGGAGGAGCGAGGCCCCUCCCCCUCCCCCCAAAGCCCCGCCCCCAGCCCCGCCCCUCCCCCCACACCGGGGCAGCCCCCCCCCAACGGGGCCGGCGGAGGGAGGGGCGGCACCUUCUGGGAGGAGAACGAGCGGCUGUUCCAGCAGUUCCUGUCGCUGUGCGCGCCGCUGACACAGGAGCACCCCGAGGUGCUGCCGUUCCUGAGCUCGCGGCACCUGCGCGCCCACCCCGACUUCCGGGGGUCGGCCGAGUUCCGGAACAUUCUGGGCCGGCUGCUGCGGCGUGUGCGGGGCCGGCGCCGCAAGGUCUACGUCUACAUUAACGAGCUCUGCACCGUGCUCAAGGCGCGGGCGCUGCGCCGCCGCCUCCCACUGCGCGCCCUGCCCGCCUCCCACCAGUGCCCGCCCGCUUCCCACCAGUAUCCCGACGGAGCCUCCCAGUAUCCUGAUGGAUCCUCCCAUUAUCCCGAUGGAGAGUCCGAGUGUCCUGAUGGAGCGUCCCAGCACCCUGAGGAAACGUCCCAGCAUCCCCCGAGUUCAUCCCAACAUCCUCUCAGUUCAUCCCAGUAUCCCCCUGGUUCAUCCCAGUGCCCCCCCAGUGCCUCCAAGUGCCCCCCCAGUUCAUCCCAGUAUCCCCCUGGGACCUCCUGGUGUCCGCCUGGUUCAUCCCAGUAUCCCGAUGGAGCUGAGCCGUCCCAGUGUGCCACCAGUUCAUCCCAGUAUCCCGCCGGGGAUCCAUCCCAGUCUCCCCAUGGCUCCUCCCAGUGUCCUGCUGGUUCUUCGGAGCACCCUGGGGGCUCUUCCCAGAAUCCCAGCACUCCAUCCCAGUAUCCCAGCGCUUCGUCCAGUGAUGCUGGCACUCCAUCCCAGUAUCCUAAUGGUUCAUCCUGGUGCUCCAGCACCUCAUCCCAGUAUCCCGGUGGUUCAUCUGGCCAUCCCAGUGCCUCAUCCCAGUAUCCCAGCAACUCCUCCCAGUGUCCCAACGCCUCAUCCCAGUGUCCCGGCGCUCCAUCCAGCAAUCCCAGUGCCCUGUCCCAGCCGGCUGGCGCCUCCGAGGGUGCGCCACGGCACACGGGUGGCUCGCGGCGGCAGAUCCGGCACCUGGAGCACCUGCUGCGCGUCUAUGCCAGCGAGAUCCGGCGGCUGCAGGAGCGCGAGCUGGACCUGGCCGAACUGGACAGCGCCGACUCGCCGUACCUGCAGGAGAACCGCCUCAAGAGGAGGAUGAUGCGCAUCUUCCGCCGGCUCUGCCAGCUCAAGGACUGCAGCAGCCUGACGGGCCGCGUGCUGGAGCAGCGCAUCCGCUUCCGCGGCACGCGCUACCCCGAGGUCAACCGCAGCAUCGAGCGCUUCAUCAACCGGCCUGACGCCUUCCCCGACUACUCGGACAUCCUGCGCGAGAUCCGCGGCGCCAGCGCGCGCCACGGGCUGGGGCUGGGCCGGCGGCAGAUGGAGAACAUGGCCCAGGAGGCCUUCCGCGAGGUGGGCAACCGGCUGCAGGAGCGGCGCCACCUCGACCUGGUCUACAACUUCGGCAGCCACCUCACCGACCAGUACCGGCCAGGCAUGGACCCGGCACUGUCGGACCCCGAGCUGGCCCAGCGGCUCCGGCGGAACCGGCGCCUGGCCCUGGCCCGGCUGGACGAUGUCAUCGCCCGCUUUGCCCAGCGCCAGGAGCGGCACCACGAGAGCGGCAUGGCCCGGAAACAGCGGGAGCGGAAACGCGGGAGCGGGAGGAAGAAAGAGGAAGAGGAGGAGGAAGAGGAUGACGAAGAAGGAGAGGAAGAAGAGGAAGAGGAGGAAGAUGAAGAAGAUGAGGAGGAAGAGGAGGAAGAGGAGGAGGAGGAAGAGGAAGAAGGAGAAUCCUCCGAGGCUGAAGGGCGGGUGAAGGUCAAGGAGGAAGAGGAGAUGGAGGAGGAGGAAGAGGAGGAAGGAAGAGAAGCCACGGCGGCACAGGGAGUGGCCGAUCCGGGGGUCCUGGCGCUGCCCCUCCCACCCCCCGCGGCCGAGGGGGAAGGGGGGGUUCCCGGGGGGGUCCCUGAGCCCCUCCCCCCCGCCAAAGCCGAACUUUUCGUGCUGGAAAUUGAAACUUUCCCCCUGGAGCCGGGGGAGACCCCUCCCCCCUCCCUCUCCCCCUCCCCUCCCCCCGCCCUGGGCGGCUCCGAGGCCACGCCCAAAGCCACGCCCCCCUCCCCUCCCCCUCCCCGCUUCCAGCUGGAUUUCGGGGCGCGGGGGGGCCACAAGCGCCCCUCCCCCCCUUCGCCCUGCCCCUCCCCCCCCAGGGCUGCGCUGGGGGGAGGCGCGGGCGCCGCCAUCAGCUCCACCUCCCUCAAUGGGGGAGGGGCUGCGACCCCCCCGGGACCCCCCCCCAGGAAACUGAGCCGGAUGGAGCUGCCUGGGGGGGGCAGCCUGGCGGUAACUGGGGGGGGCUCGGAGGGGGAGGAGCCGGAUUUGGGGGGCGCCCCCCCCUCUCCCCUGCCCGACUCCACCCGCGCCGACUCCCCCGGGGGGGACCUGGUGAGCUCCUCCCAGGGGAGCCCCCCCCGGGCAGCCCCCCGGGCCUGCAAGGCCAGCGUGGGAACCCAGUGCGACCCCGAGGAGAUCAUCGUGCUCUCGGACUCGGAUUAGCCCCGCCCCCCGCCCGGCAAAUCCCGCCCCUUCCGCGUGCAGACCCCGCCCCUCUGGCCCCGCCCCCUCAAUAAACCCCGCCUUUUGUUUA